ACGUCUCUCGUGAAUUCCUUUCCUCCUAACUAAAACCCCCAACUCUCUCGCAAAGACCCGACCCACCAUAAUGAGCGCCGCUUUCCGGAGAAACGGCAUUCCCCGCCUGUUACAGAGGCACUCGACCACCCACAUCACCGACCCGAUCCGAGCUCCGAUCUUGCGCACCAAAACGACGCCGUCAAGAGCCUAUUUCCGGCUAUCCGAUGUCCUCAGGAGAGCGCGAGAGUACGAGAUCUCGCCGUCUCUGUUCUCUUCUUCGACUUCGUCGUUUUCGAAGGUCGGGUUCGUGGGGUGGUACUUGGGGAUGGUGAAGACCUGGCCGGUCUUGACAAAGAGUGUAACCUCGGGGCUUAUUUACACAGCCGCUGACCUCUCCUCUCAGACAAUUGCAUUGUCAUCUUCAGAAUCUUAUGAUUUUGUAAGGGCAUUACGCAUGGCUGGAUAUGGGAUGCUAAUUUUAGGACCAUCGCUGCAUUUUUGGUUCAACUUCGUGUCAAAGCUCUUUCCAAAGCGAGAUCUAUUCUCAACAUUGAAGAAAAUGGUCAUGGGGCAGACAAUAUAUGGACCUGCAAUGACUGUCGUUUUCUUCUCUACAAAUGCAUUUUUACAAGGUGAAAACACGACAGAGAUUGUUGCCCGAUUAAAGCGAGACUUGCUGCCUACAUUUAUCAACGGCAUCAUGUAUUGGCCCAUAUGCGAUUUUAUCACAUUCAGAUUCACCCCCGUCCAUUUACAACCAUUGGUGAGCAAUUCGUUUUCAUAUCUGUGGACUGUGUAUAUGACAUACAUGGCAAACCUAGAGAAAGCAAGCCCAAAUCCUAGCAGAUUGACUCAAUAGUGUCGAUUCAUUUUACUCAUCCGAAGAUACAGAUCUUACUUUUGACUGCACAGCCUUUAGGCAGAGGUUGCAAGUUUGGUUUAUCUAGGUGUCUUUCCAGGAAUUCAGACGGAUGUCCACAGCAGAACCGUGGUGAAGCAGAAUAUAAAUGAAAUUGCGGCAACCAUGUUUGGUUCACGUUUUUGUGGUACUUUUAAUUCAUUUAUAAAGGAAUGAUGUAGUUUAUAUUCUUUUACAGACUUUGAAGCAGAAUAUAAAGGAAUGAUCUCAUUUCGUUA